ACGUUGGUGCAGUCAGCAUAUAAACUCUAUGUGUUCAUCCGUUACAAAGAGCAAAAACACAGAUUAUGGUCAUCAUCAUCAUAUUCUUCAUGGUAGCAGAAAGCAUCCAUCCAUUCAUGUUGUGGGUAGUGGCCGCAGUUGGCUGGAUGUGCCGUAUCGGAUAGGUGUUCUGUGGAUGUGCGCUCAUUGGUUCUUUAUUCUAUGGUGCGCUGUGCUUGUUGUGCCAGCUACAGCCGACAGGCCGAUAACUUCAUGUCCGGCAGGCAGGCGUGCUCGCUAUGCGAUGUUUUACGUGUUCUGAUUUUAUGUUACGCAAACGUACGAAGAGAAUAGUAAUCUACGUUUCAUAGCCAGCUCCACUCAAAUCGGCUGUGUGAGCACGACAAAAAAAAAAAAAAAAAUCCCCGAAAGUGGUGCAGCGAACUCGAAAGCCCGUGUGAAGUGACGUACAGUGCUAUUAUUGUGUGGUAGUCGCAGUACAUGGCGAAACCUUGCUGCACUCGGCGACGUUCAUCAUCGCGCCGACGAUGACUCUGCGUCCAGUCGUCCCUACGACCAAUAGUUGGCACAGAAAAAUGGGACACCACAGAAACAUCGUGGCUCCCUGCAGAGGUACGGCAACGAGGAGCAAGGGCCUGCUGCUGCAUGCUGGUUGCCCUUCAUGGCCAUGAGCUUGCCCCAGCAGCCCGUAGAGACGACCGUCAAUGGCCUCGGCUGCAACCGGCGCAGGUUCCUCUGCCGGGAGUGGGCAUUUGCCAAGCUGGUCCACUGCCUCGACCAGCGGCCGGCAUCCAAAACAUGCGGUGCGCUUGUGGUUGGUGGGCCGGGCUGUGGCAAGACGGCCUUUUUCCAGGAGAUUGCGCAGCCCACGGUGACCGACCCCGAGGCACACCAGCAUGCUCUCAGCAGGCGCCUGCUGGCUCACCACUUCUGCCAGGCGCACGACACGCGCACCCUGGCUGUGGCCUCGUUUGUGCCGAGCCUGGUACGCCAGCUGUGCCGGUGCGAGCAGGCAGGCCUUCUGAGUGGCUACCAGGACCGACUGCGUGAUGCUGAAGCUUUCCUUGAGCCCGUGGCAUGUGCACGAUGGCCUGACGAGGCAUUCAAAAAGGCUGUAUUGUUUCCGCUGCUUGAGAUAGAGCCACCUGAGCAGCCCUGUUUGUUGCUCGUGGACUCGGUGGACGAGUCUUUCCUUGUCCAGAUGAACACCUCUGGUGCGAUGGGCUGUCAUCGGCACCACUCCCACCAUCAGGAUGGAGGUGAACGUAGGCACCACUGUUUGCCUGACGGUGGCAGAGGCAGCCGCACCAUUGCAGAGUUGCUGGCUGCCCACCAGCAGCUGUUCCCACAGUGGCUCCUGCUGGUCUGCUCGGCACGCCGACAGAGCAAAACCAUCACACGCAUGUUUACAGGCUUCAGAAAGAUCAGCCUAGAUGACCUUCGCAAGGCGUCUGUAGUGCGCGACAUGCAGCAGUACAUCUUGGCACGGCUGGAUGGUGAGGAGGCACUGCGUCAGCAGCUGGGUGCUCGCGACACGGCCGAAGCCCUCAACCAGCUGCACAUCAAGAGCAACGGCUGCCUGCUGUACCUCGAGUGCCUGCUCGACGGUGUGGCCCAGCGGUGGGUGACGCUGCGCGAGAUACGACACAUUCCGGGCACCCUCAAUGGUCUCUACCUGUGGCUCUGCCAACGCCUCUUCCAGCGGCGGCAGUUUGUACGUGUGCAACCCAUUCUGCAUGUGCUACUGGCAGCCGCGCAACCGCUGACGGCAGACGAGGUGUUCCUGUGCCUGUGGACCCGCAACCAACUGCUCACACACGACGAGUUCGGUCGACGGUUAGCCCUGCUGUCGCGACUGCUCAUUGAGCGUGAGGACGGCUGUCUGCUGCUCUUCCACCACAGCUUUGCCGAGUGGCUACUCGAUGUGAAACAUUGCACCCAGAAGUACCUCUGCCAUGCGGCUGAGGGACACGCCAUGCUUGCCAUGAUGCAGACACUGCGAGGCCCACAGCUGCCGCCCACACAGGUGCAAGACUUGGCCCACCAUUUGUUGCGGCUGCCAGCUUGUGAUGCUGUGCAGCCCCAGCACCUGACUUUGUGGCUGCUCUACUCAGGGGUGCCUCUGGAGUGUGCCUUCUGCCCUAGUGUGGGCAGUGUGGUCAUCCCCAGGGACCCGGCUGUGCUCAGACUCUUGCUGGAAGCGGGUGCCAGACUUCCAACUGCCAGUGUGGCCGGAUCGGACGAGGGAGGCUCGCCUGUUCCCUCAAUGCCUCCAGACCCUCUGGAUGCUCUGCUGGGUUCGGGGGCAUCGGUUGACGACACGGAUGCCAACCAGCGGGCAUUGUUGCACACUGCCGCCUAUGAAGGAGACGCUGCACUGGUAGAGCGACUCCUGCAUGCCAAAUCUUCGCUUGAAUUGGCCGACAGGAAUGGCCAGACACCACUGAAUUUAGCUGCGCGGCAAGGUCAUGCAGAUGUGGUUAUUCUGCUUCUCAAGGCCGGUGCCAAUCCUGACCACGCUGACAACGAGGGCUGGACACCUCUGCGAUCGUCUGCAUGGGCGGGGCAUGGACAGGUUGUGGAAGCCCUGCUUGAAAACAAGGCACAGGUGGACUUGGCAGAUGGUGAGCAACGGACGGCACUGCGGGCAGCAUCAUGGGGAGGCCAUGAAGAAGUGGUUGCGCAGCUUCUGGAGAAAGGGGCCGACGUCAAUCGUGCUGACCGUGAGGGCCGCACAGCCCUCAUUGCUGCUGCUUACAUGGGCCAUGCGGAGAUCGUGGAGCGCUUGCUCGACGCUGGAGCAGAGGCCAACCACGCAGAUGGAGACGGGCGCACGGCGCUCUCAGUAGCUGCACUGUGCGUACGUCCUUCCGAGGGCCACCUUGGUGUUGUGGCACUGCUGUUGGAAAGGGGGGCCGACGUGGAUCAUGUCGACAACGAAGGAAUGACUCCUCUGCUUGUGGCAGCUUUUGAAGGUCAUCGGGAGGUCUGCGAGCUUCUCUUGGAUGCCGAGGCCGACUUAGACCAUGCUGACCACAGUGGACGGACACCCCUGUUUGCUGCUGCGUCCAUGGGCCAUGCUGACGUGGUGGGCCUGCUCCUCUUCUGGGGCGCCUAUGUGGACAGCAUUGAUGCCGAAGGACGAACAGUGCUCUCCAUUGCAGCUGCCCAAGGCAGCGUGGAGGUGGUGCAACAACUACUGAACCGAGGACUCGAUGAACUGCACAGGGACAAUGCGGGCUGGACACCACUGCACUAUGCGGCCCUGGAGGGUCAUGCCGAGGUGUGUACCCUGCUCAUGGAGGCCGGUGCGCAGGCCUCAGAGACGGACAAUGAGGGGCGUACACCACUCAUCUUGGCAGCACAAGAAGGACACACACAGGCUGUGCAUGCCAUGCUGGACUUUGGAGGCCAUCCGCCAUCGCUGGUGGACCACAGGGCUCACGAUGGCCGCACCGCUUUUCGGGUGGCUGCCCUCGAAGGACACAAGGAAACUGUGCACGUCCUGCUUAGUUACAAUGCGGACGUCAACUACCAGGAUGCAGAUGGUCGCUCAACACUGUAUGUGCUUGCCUUGGAGGGCCGGGUGGACAUGGCAGACUACAUUCUGGCUCGCGGAGCCGACCCCGAGAUUGGCGAUCUCGAAGGGCGUACGCCACUGCACGUGGCUGCUUGGCAGGGCCAUGCCGACUUGGUUGAGCUGCUGCUCAGCCGCGGAGCAGACGUUGAUGCAGAGGACAGUGACCAACGCACUGCCCUGCAGUCGGCCGCCUGGCAGGGACAGGCACACGUGGUCAAGCUCCUGCUGGAGCGAGGGGCUCAGGUUGACCACAUCUGUGUGGAAGGUGCUACGGCCUUGGGCAUUGCCUCUCAGGAAGGCCACGAAGCGGUUGUGCGUGCCUUGCUGGAGCAUGGGGCUGAUCCUUCCCACGCUGACCAGUGUGGCCGAUCUCCGCUGCGCGUUGCGACCAAGGCAGGGCACCUCAAUGUUGUCCAACUGCUCGAAGAAAGUUUGGCUCGCUCCGCACAGGCCCUGGGCUCAAUCAGCACGUUCUCACUUGCCUCUGCAGCAUCCACUGCACCAUGUGCUGCUCCUCUCUUCUGCCCAGAGUCUCCUGAAUCUACGAGCGACAAACGUCGCUCCCUCGCAUCCACCCGCUCAGACUCGAAAUCGUCUAGCAAUCGGACUGACUCGACGGCUCGCUCCCAACACAAUGUUGCUGCGACUGUCGCAGACUCCAGUGCAGCAAGCCUCAGUUUCACCCAGCAAAUCCAGCAGUGCACACGUUCGCGGCACCGUACAAGCCGGCUUCUUUCUCCCCUUAACAACGAGGGUCGUGCGCCGUCCAGUCCUCAGAGCUGCAACUGGCGACCAGCAGUAGUUGUGCCGCCGCGCCCACUGCCAGAUCUCCCUGCCACGGAUGCGCGGCCAAGGCGCAACGGCAUCGUUACCAAUCCCAACUGCAAAGGAAACAAGCGCUGCAUGUCCGAUCAACCGCACAGCAAAGUAGCCAGCCACAGAGAAGGAGUGACAACGAAGAAAGAGACACCCCUGUAACACCCUACAAAGUGCACUCUUGCUGUGCUGCAAUGGUCAGGAUUAACGGUCAACAACUUGUUCAGCUCUGUGGCACAUGCUUCAUGUAGUGUACGAAUUGCUGCAGGGCUUUGCUACAACAGUUUCAUGCGCAGCCGACCAUAGCUCUUUCCCAUGGAAAUGUGUGCUCGGUGCCUUUAUUUCAAGUUUGUUUCCAUCGGUGCUGCUUUGAGAACACUUUUGCUUUGUGAUCUGUCAUGAAGCUGCACUUUGUUGCUUUGCAAAGGUUUCCUGAACGGGCUGGAUACCACCUUGCCCUUUGAACAUGUGCUGUAAUAUUAAUGUAGCAUAGCGAGUGGCUGUUCCUCUGCACAAGCAGUUGAGGAUCGGUAAAUGUCUUCUUGAAAAAGCACAGUUCCAUAUCCUGGCCUUUUCAAAAGAGUGUAAACAUACUUUUUAUUGUUGCUUCCGUUUUGAAUCAAGUGCAGCAUACGGAAGUCUUUGAAUUUGCUUGUGACAGAGCUGUCUUGUGGUGCAAAUGUAGGUGCGCGCACACUUAACGCUGAUGUGAUCGUCACUCCACUUGACCAGCUUCUGCUUUUAGAAAUGUAGAACCGAGGUAGGCUCUGUGGAAGUGCUGCUAACUGGAAGUAUUGCUUCUUUGGUUUGAGGUCUUGUGGGACUAUUGUUUCACAUAGAAAAUUGAUGAUCAGAAACGACAUGCCAGUCCUUCUUUAAGGUAGGCCUACUGCAUCCCAAUUCAGCAGGAGUAUGUAGAAAUUACCUCAGUAAAAGGACUAAUAAUGAUGAAAAGAGGUGUGCUACCCAAUAUGUAAUUAUUGCAUAUGGCCCCUUUGCAAAUAUAACUCACGUGCUGGGUGCUGCUCUCAUUUGCAAUGCUCAAUGUGGGCAUGACUGAUGCGAGCAGGGUAUAUUUUCAUUUGCACUCAACUAUCACAGGGUUGCACACCAUUUUGUUACUGUAUAGAUUUUUCAUAAAGGGUGUUUUAAUCCAUUAUUUUGUGAAGUGAAGCCUUGAUAAAGUCUCUCUAGGGCGGGUUCUUGUGCCUGGCAAAGCCGUCCUCAUACUUUGGGCAGAGCCAGUCCCUAGCAGCCACCGAGUAGAGAAAUGCCCUUCCUAGCCCAUUCACUGCCAAUCCCGAGUAUACUUGCUUUGCCUUUUUAAUACCCCUGUCACACGUGGCAACUUAAGUGCACAUUGAGUGAGUGUACUUACGCUCACAAAGUGUCAUUUUGGUGGUUAGCUGCUACACGAGAAAGCGAAGUGUACUUUGGAAAUGAUGACAGUAGCAAUUGUUGGGUUUGUAGCACAAUAUAUAUUUGUUACGUCGGACCACGUUGUCUCCGUGGAAGCAGCACCAGUGGCACAUGCUAUCGUAAACGACUAGAGAACGACUCACCUACACAUUUGCAAGUGUGUCUGGAAGUAAAUAACGCGACGACGCAGCCAUUGUGCAACAUGUGCUGCCACAUCCUCCUAGCAGAUGUGGCCGCAAACUGCCCGAGGAUGAGUGUAGCGAGAACUGUUGUUGAUUUACGACUUGUUUUAAUACAUCCCAGAAUUCCUUAUAAUAAAAACAAUAGUUUAAAAGUAGUAUGAGCACCAUUUUAGGCAACAGCGUAUUUUUGUGCAAGCCACCGGUACCGCGGCUACACUCUACGUAGCAGCGAAGUGAGGUUAGGGAAGGCACUUGCCGGCAAGUGUACUUUGCAGCGAGUGACAUGAAAUUUUAUCGUGUGACAGCGCGCAAAUGACACUCGCGGGUAAGUGUACUUGCUUGAAGUGCACUUAAGUUGCUACGUGUGACAGAGGUAUAAAUUACUUCCUACCACUUACGAGGCAACUCAUUUGAAAAAAAAAAAUAAUGCAGGUCUGUCCCACUGUCUAUAUAAAGGGGUUCUGCAAACAAAUGUAACUUGUGAAAUUUAUGACAACAGAGGGAGGGUGUGCGUGCACAUGAGCGUUGGCUCGCGUCUUUGCCGUCUCAGCGGCACAGCCAUGACAUGCCAGAUGUGUGCGUUGAUAGAAGAAAUUCAGGAGCUCUUGAUCAACUUGGACUUGAAAUAGAUAAUUAAGGGCUGUCAUUUUUAAUCAAUGGUUAAUUAUAUUACUUUGUUAAUCAGUUCACUGCUUGUAAUUUUCUUGUAAUCAUUAUUUUGCCUCUAGUUAGCACCUCUUUUGUUUGAUGAUUUAAUUUACAAUAAGAACAUUUACACAUCCUGAAGAAAUCAGACUGAAUGGCCAGUAGAAAAGAAAAAAAAAAACUUGGCAUGGAGUGCUGAAUAAAGCCUGGCAGUGGAAGGGUUAAGAAGUGCAUGUAGGUGGUACGUUUCUGUGCUUGCUGUGUUUCAUGUAACUGGAAGACUGGGCUUUGAUAAGGUAGGAGUCAGAAUUAAGAAUUAAUAUGGCAAGCUUUUCAUGCAAGAUUUACAUUGUCAAAAACAGUCUCAAAAAUUCAUUUUGUGAUUUAUUGCAUGGAAUCAAUUUUCGAGAUCUGACAACAUUAAAGGAUGCUGUCAGGGAUCAUGCAAUGUUUUUAAAUUGAGAUUUGUGAACACCAAUAUUAACAAACGUACGUGUGAAACAGUUUUUUCCGUCUUAACCCCAUUCAUUUUUGCCCCUGAAUGGGUGGCUUGACCAAACAGUGCAAAACCUAGUCACAGUGCUGUAAUGGGAAUUAACACUUGGGCUGCUCUGCAAGCACUUUUCUGUCAUGUUGGCUCCCUAAGGCAAGGCACGUUUGAUGAACAACUCACAGAAAAUAUUAAGAAGCUGAGGCAUCCCCAAAUUUAUCACCCUUUAAAUACUAUGCUAUGCACAUAAGUCAGUGGACAAGCACUGCAGAGUACAUUGUGUGUCGAGCAGAAUAAUCAUUUCAAGACGCGUCUAGUCAGUCUCGGCUCUCCCAGAUGUUUCGUUGAAGCAGCGUGUCUCAAGAGAGUUGGACAGAACCAAGCAAUAGUUUGGACCAAACAGAGAUUGGGCAAUACAAGUUUCUGUUGCCAGAGGUAUCACAAGUUACACCCAACUGCUUAUUCUAUUUUUUGCAGUCAACCCACGUUGCCCCCUUGUUGAUGCGACAAUCGUGGGACACCACCAGUGAAAUGAGGAAAUGGCUUUGAGACUUCGUGGUAGCAGCAAUUGCCUAGUAAUAGCGAAAAAAAAAAAAAAAAUAUUGAAGUGUCCCAAUAGAAGUAAUUCAAGGAUUACAUUUGAGGGAAUACAGCAAGAUGGUUGGCUGCACUCCAGCUGGGUAUGAAUGUGUUUCAAUCACUGUGGCUGCAGCAAAUGGUUAUGAGCAAAUGCUUGCUCCUGUAGCUUUGCGCUUUCAUUGUUAAAGAGGUGCAUAUGAAGAUGAGCUUUCAUGUACCCCAGUUUAAGAAACAUUGCUUGUGCAGUGGAUUUUAGUUUUGAGAAAUAAAAAUGCUUGUAAGAAAGUUA